AUGUUCCUUACUGGUUUCAUCGUUGUGCUGGUCAUCAGUGCACUUUCUGCUGAAAAUGCACCUGACAUUGAAGCAUUGCCGAGAGGAGUCCCGUACAAUCGUGCAGCACUCUACAAAAAAUCUUUCGAAUUUGUUUGUCUUGAUGGUUCGAAAAGCAUUAUGUACGAUCAAGUAAAUGAUGAUUACUGUGAUUGUCCAGACGGAAGCGAUGAGCCCGGAACAUCUGCGUGCCCGAACGGAAGGUUCCAUUGUGCCAAUAAAGGUCACACUCCUCUAGAUAUCCCGUCAUCUCGUGUGGAUGAUAAGAUCUGUGACUGUUGUGAUGGAAGUGACGAAUACAGCGGGGCUGUUGAGUGCCCAAACAUUUGUGAUGAAUUAGGAAAAAGUGCUCGAGAAGAGAGGCAAAGGCAGGCAGAAAUUGCUAGGAAAGGUUUUGCGAACCGUAAACUCCUAGCAUCGGAGGGGAAGAAGCUAUGGGAGGAAAAGGUUGCUGGUGUUGCUCCGCUAAAAGAAGAAAGAGAUGCACUACUACCAAAGAAGGAGGAGUUAUCGAAAAAGAAAGAGGACGCUGUGCAACGUGAAACCACCUUGAAAGACAAACACAGAGAUGCUUGGAUGGCUGCGAGUGCCGAGAAGAAGAAAGAGAAGGCUAACGAGAUGUUCAAAGAAAUUGAUGUCAACGGUGAUGGAAAGAUAACCCUGGAUGAGAUGAAAAAGAUUGGAUACUUGGAUUCCGACCACAAUGGAACGGUUUCUGAUGAAGAAGCUAAGAUCUUCUUAUCCGUUGACGAAGCGGAUGCUGAACAUUUCCUGAACAACAUUUAUGAAAGGCUCAAGUCAGAAAAGGUUGCAUACGAGGACUACAAAAAAGAUCUAGAAAGAGAACAAGAAGAAAAGGAAGCUGGAGAAAAACAUGGAGAUGAGCAUGACGAUCUUGCUGGGGAUGAAGAAGAAAAGGACGAAACAAAUGUUAGUCCUGACUACACUACAACACCAGCACCUAUAUCUAGCGAAGAGCAGGAGGACGUCAUGCCUCCCUAUGAUGAGGAGACCCAAAUCGCUAUCAAUGAAGCCGAAGCUGCUCGUAAAGAGUAUGACGAGUUAGAUGUAAAGAUAAGCACAUUGGAUAGUCAAAUUAGAGAAGCAGAGUCAUUCAUAGAACAGGACUUUGGUGCGGAUCAUGCUUGGGCAGCUCUCAAGGGAAAAUGUUUUGAAUUAACUGAGAAACAAUACACCUAUAAAUAUUGUCCAUUUGAAAGAACAGUACAGAAAGAUAAGAACGGUUACGGAGAGACUGGUCUCGGGAACUGGAAAGAAUGGUCAGGUGACUCCAAGAACAAGUAUUCCCAGCAACGCUACGAGAACGGGCAACAGUGUUGGAAUGGUCCGCAGCGGACCACAGAUGUCAAAAUACAAUGUGGUGAAGAAUCUGAGUUAAUCGAAGCAACAGAACCGGGCAGAUGUGAAUAUCAGUUUGUAUUCCGAACUCCAGCUGCUUGCAAUGAUCCUGAUCAUGAGGAACCACAGCACAGUGAACAGAAGUAG